AGAGACGCACAAAAAAAAUAAAAAACAUGAGAAAAUGUCCGUGAUGUGUGUAAGAAACGCGGGUCAGUCCAUAAAAAACCUCUUUCUUUCUUUCAUUCACUCACCAUAUGUGGAUUCUAUUCUAGUUCUUACCAAAAAAAACAUCCUCCUCUGUUUCAGAUCCGUGAGAAAACACAUAGAAAAUCCUCUGUUCUUCUCUGGAAAAUUGAGUUGUCUCAGCUUAAGAGCUCAAAACAACAGUUGACCACGUAAUAAAGGUCCUCGCUUUCUCUUCCUCCUCAUAACAACACACAGAAACGGCACAGAGGAGGAGGAGGAGGAGGAGAGAGAGAGAGAGAGAGAGAGAGUCCCAUAUAUUAUAUACAUUGUAGACACAGACCCAUCUAUAUAUCUAGAGAGAGAAGGAGAAGAGGUGAUGGGGUUGGUGGGUGGAGAGGAAAAUAAGAAUGCUACUGAGAAUGGAGUGUCUGGUUCUGAAUUUCCACUUGGGAGCAAGACCAAGUACAAGAGAAUGGAGUCCGAGGUUGUAGACACAGAGGAAGAUGUUCCAUUGACAAAGGAAAACCGAAAUACCAGGAAAUAUGUCUUUGCCUGCGCCAUCUUUGCCUCCCUCAAUUCCGUGCUUCUUGGAUACGAUGUGGGUGUUAUGAGUGGAGCAAUUUUGUUCAUCCAAGAGGAUCUAAAAAUCACAGACGUACAACAAGAACUUCUUGUUGGAAUUUUGAGCAUAAUCUCCCUAUUGGGUAGUUUAGCAGGUGGAAAAACAUCAGAUGCCAUUGGUAGAAAGUGGACAAUUGCAUUUGCAUCCUUUGUCUUUCAGACUGGUGCUCUCAUAAUGGCUCUUGCUCCUUCUUUUGAAGUGCUGAUGAUUGGUAGACUCUUUGCCGGAGUGGGGAUAGGGUUCGGGGUCAUGAUCGCACCUGUUUACAUUGCUGAGAUUUCUCCUGCAAUAGCCAGAGGCUCUCUUACAUCUUUUCCUGAGAUAUUUGUAAAUCUAGGUAUCCUUCUUGGAUACAUAUCAAACUAUGCUUUUUCGGGACUUCCAGUGCAUAUAAGCUGGAGGGUCAUGCUUGGUGUGGGAAUCAUACCUUCAGUCUUUCUUGCAUUUGCUCUUUUUGUGAUCCCUGAAUCUCCAAGGUGGUUGGUGAUGCAGAAUAGGAUUGAAGAAGCAAAAAUAGUACUGACCAAGACAAAUGAGAGUGAAAGUGAUGUGGAGGAAAGAUUGGCUGAAAUACAAUUAGCUGCAGGGAUGGCUAAUGCUGAAAAGUAUGAAGCAAAAGCUAUAUGGAGCGAAAUUUUGAGUCCUAAUCCUGCAGUUCGUCGAAUGCUGAUUACUGGUUGUGGAAUCCAAUGUUUCCAACAGAUUACCGGUAUUGAUGCAACUGUGUAUUAUAGUCCAACAAUUUUCAAAAAUGCUGGGAUCAAAGGCAACACUCAACUUCUUGCUGCAACUGUUGUUGUUGGGUUUACCAAAACUGUGUUCAUCUUGGUAGCUAUCUUUCUCAUUGAUAGAGUGGGCAGAAAGCCUUUGCUUUAUGUGAGCACAAUAGGAAUGACCACUUGUUUAUUUGGUCUGAGCCUUGCUCUAGCUCUUCCAGGAAAUGGAAAACUGGGAAUUGGAUUGGCAAUAUUAACUGUUUGUGGAAAUGUAGCUUUCUUUUCAGUAGGAAUUGGCCCGAUUUGUUGGGUCUUGUCAUCUGAAGUCUUCCCUCUUAAACUUCGAGCUCAAGCAUCCGCCCUGGGGGCUGUUGGUAGUAGGGUCAGUAGUGGUGUGAUUACCAUGUCCUUCCUCUCCGUGUCUCGAGCAAUAACAGUAGCAGGAACCUUCUUUAUUUUUUCAGUGAUUUCAGCUCUCUCUGUUGCUUUUGUCCAUACAUGUGUUCCAGAAACAAAAGGAAAGUCUUUAGAAGAAAUUGAAAUGCUUUUCCAAGAUGAAGGAGAAUGGCAAAGCGGUGAGGUUGAAAUGGGAGAUGCAGAGCGUCUAGUGCAAAAAGCAUGAGUGGGAGGCAUACUUGAUUGCUAAACCACAAACUUCCAUCAGUAGAGCCUGCAAGCCCGAAGCCAUAUUAGGCAGGUUGCGGGUUACACAUAUUUUUUCCUAGUAUACUUAUUUUUCACCAAAUUGUUUGAGUAUUAUUAUACUGAUUUGUCUGCGAAGUGUACCGAUUGCACAUAUUAUAACAGAACCAAAAGAGGUCAAGAUUCUGUCAUCUUGUUCUUGGCCCCCAUGUACUUGAACUUAUUUAGAGCUUCCAUGUUCUUCACCAUGAAGGCUCGUAAGAUAGAAAUCAGAAGGCGUUGAGUUAAUUGAAACAAUAAGGAUUGUGUUU